CAGUCAACGCAGCCAUGUUGAAUUUUGUGUGGAAACUGCAUGCAUGCGCUGCACGGAAGACCCCUUAUGCUGCUCAAAAUUCCGCAUGAAAACAACACCAUCUCGCGGCAAAUUUGGAACGUACAUAUGUACAGACCAUAGCAAAUUCCAUAGAAGUUCUUCAUGAAGUUUUGAGACACAAGUUCUGUCGUAAUUUCCCCCAGAAAGUGUAUUAAUUUGUCAUGAGGAAGUCUUCACAGUGUCACUGUCAGUGAGCUGAAUCAGCAUGGCAAGCAGACAGAAGAAAACGAACACGAUUGUGGUAACGAGCGCCGGACCGGUAGAAAGCACAGAUGUACCGCAGCACAAGACGGCCGGCAGUUCACCAGCGAAGAGUAGUGUCAUGAUCAGCAUUAUACCGCCGGCGGAUCCGAGGGGUCAUGCGGUACCGGUCUUACCGGCUGCACCGGCGGCUGCCGGUCACUUACCGGCCGCACCGGCGGUCGGUAAUGCUUCGGGUAGCGUGUCCACAGUGGCCAUGCCCACGCUCUUGCCCACUGCUAGGGCGCCUAUGAAACAGGUCACCCUUCUGAAGACACAACAGCCCUCCUCCCAGCAGAUGAGGACAUUUGACAUGUUUAGUGAACACAUAGACGUGUUUCUGGUGGAGGUCUACCGCUGUAAACUCUGCAAGUUCCACAAUGCGUUGAAGGCUGUAAUGGCCAAACACAUGACCGAGAAACAUUUCCCUGAACCUGGCAUUUCAAUGGCGACAACGGAAGAGAUUGUCAUCAGCUCAUCGGCAACUGUUGUUCCAGUGUCAUCUUCAAGUGAAAAUCAACACACAGCUCUUCCUUCACAAAUUACUGCACAAGUGCCAUCUUUAAAUCCAAUGAGUAGUACUCCUCACGUAUCCGGUGAGGCAGGCAGCAAUGCACCGGUACAAGUGCAGAUAACCAGCCAAGCAAAGGCAGCGUCAAUCGAGGGGAAUGCGUUGGAACUUUUGAUGGGAAUCGGGCAUGAGAAUGACCCAGAAGUGUUGAAGUCUAAACAAAUAACGACGACAAGCCAGGUACCCGCAGGUAGUGUCACAGGGACAGGACCCAUCCCUGAAGUCACAAACAGCGAGUUUUGUGAGUUAAAACAGAAAACAGGACUGACUACAACUAUGGAAAUGAGUGGAUCCGAAGCAGGAGGACUUGUGACCCUGGUGACUGUCAAUGAAGAGGAGCUGGCUAAAACCUUGAGGGUUGAUGACAAGAAAGACAGUGAGGGGGAGAGCGAUGAUAAUGAUUUGGAUGGGGAUGAUGAUGAUGAUGACGAUAUUGGGGACGCUGGGGCUGAAGAUGAAGACACGAGUGAUGACAACACAAAGCAGAGCAACCAGGAGGAUUUGAGCGGCAAGGACACCCUCUUAAAACCUAUCCCAGUCCAGAUAGGGCUUGGCUCUCCCGCUCCAAACAUCGACAUACAGGAGAUCGCCAACACGGCCUCCAAGUCCAACCCCAAGGCCACUACGAUCACAGUCCUUCACCAUGGCCAGGGCAACGGGCCACCUACGGCCAUCCAAUUCAAAAAGAGCAAGAAGAGCAAAGCUGUCAUCCCCACAGGCGAGUCUCUGGGCAUCGCGUCCCCCUUCACCAGCCGUGCUUACAAGGGUAAAAAAUUAUUCCUUUGCAACUCCUGCCAUGCUCGCUACAAGUCGCGAGCCGAGCUGGAACGCCACGUCCAGAAAAAGCAUCAGCAGGUCAAGAAGUUCCUCUGUGAGAUCUGCGGUCUGGCGCUGGCCACUCGAGCCAGCGUCAAGUACCACGUAUCCAAGAGACACCAGCUGUCCCGACUGAUAUACAACUGCAGCGUUUGCGACUACUGCACGCACUUCGCUGCCCGUAUGGCCAUCCACAAGGCCACCCACCAGUCGGAAUUCUUCUGCAAUCUCUGCAAGAAGUCCUACGUCAGCGCUGAGCGUCUGUCGCGUCACUAUUCGUCCCCGCUUCACAAGAAUGCCCUCAACCCCCUCGUGUGCGAACACUGCGGAUACAGCACCAAGAAGAGGGACAACUUUCUUGUGCACAUGAGGAAGCACACUGGGGAAAAGCCUUACAAAUGUAAACUCUGCAACUAUGCAAGUGCUGAUGGAAGUACACUGAAGAAACACGUCAUGGCCAAGCACUCCACCAUCCGUCCCUUCAAGUGCCAAGUCUGCAACUUCUCCUGCGUGGACAAGAAAGGCCUGGACAUCCACUCCCGCAAGCACACCGGCGAGCGCCCCUUCAAGUGCCAGUACUGCCCGUAUGCUGCCAAGCGACGCUGUGCUCUCAACGUGCACGUGCAGACGCACAGUAAGGAAAGCACUGCCGAGAAGCAACCCAAGGUUGUGUCCAGACCACAGGCAGCGCCAACAAGAUUUGAAACAGUUGGUACACUCGCUCAAGCCAGCCAACAAACCCUACAUCAGACCCCACAGCAGACCCCACAGCAAGAGCAGCAGUAUACCACCAUGGCCGACUACCAGCCCACAACCCUGGCCACACCGGUGGUGCAGGUUGUUCCCCAGACUGUGGGGGGCCAGUCACUUGUGUCUGGCUGUGAAGCUAAGCCCGUCCAGGCAGUGUGGCAUAACGUGUGAGCAGGUCAACUUGGAAUCAACCAUGUCUACCCACUUCCACUGAGGCUGCUGGUGUAGCGCACUUCAACCUGCCUUCACAAAGCAGCCAGAAAGAUUGUGCAACUAGACGACUUGAACAAUUUAGUGGACAGCAGGGUAUGUGCGUGCAGUGUAAAAUCAUGAGACUGCUCGUUACGCUCUGCCCACUAGCUGUGCACGAUGGCAUCAACACAUGCACACCUCCAAUGUCACAUUGCAUGUUCCAGAUGUGUGUGUCAAACGCAGUUGCACACAAAUCGUCGCAGAGCUGACAUACCGACGAAGAAGCGCAAACCCUGUUUCAAGUAAUUCGCGUUUGAAUUUGGGCAUAGAUAAAAUAGACUUAAAAGUCACCUUUUACGUGACAUUUUUGGCAACCACAAUAGCACAUCAUUCAUUGGUACUUUGAACGCAUGCCUUACAUUAGCUGGUUACCAGCAAAAUUACAUCUUCGUCACUAUGUCACAUUAUGGAUUUGAUAUUAGGACUGAUUUACCACAGGUGGGGGCUCCGAAUCUCAAAAUCAAGACAAGAAAUUUUAAGAGUUUGGUAUAAAUACUUGAAAGAGCAACCUUUAAUGUCUGUGGUUAUGGUUAAACCGGCUGGUGAGUCAAAGAUUCCUCCAAAGCACUUCUGCUGGAGUGCACUGGCAUGCACAACUGACUUGCAAUAAACUACACGUACACCAAAUGUACAAGGGUACAUGUAAAUGGAGUACACAUCAUUUCGUCGCAGAGCAGCUGCAGCUGACAAACCGUCGAAUCGCCAAUUUUGGCGAUAUCGAUAUUUGUGUCAUUUUUUUGGUUUUUAUAAAAACACACAAAUGUAAUGCCGAAGAUUUGUCUUGGAAAAGACAUGGUAUUUUAUUGAGGAUGUCUGUGGGAAGCCUGUUAGCUAUUAAUCACAACUGCCGAUUGGUCAGGACAUCACAGGGCGGGGCUAAAAUGAAUCAGUCUGUCAGUAGUCUGUCAUGUGACAGUGACUAUACAUACAGCAUCUCGCUAUCUCAAAUGUAAAUUUUGUUCAAAAAA